AUGUGUCGCAAGAAAAUAAACAAAACACCUCACCACCAAGCUAGACCAGGAAGCCAUAAUCCCAAUGAGGUCAAACAAACUAGAUACAGCCAAGGUCAAGGUCGAAACAGUAAUAGGCGGAUCCAUGAAUUGAAUGUAAACAGCGAGUCAAGUGAUGAAUUCGAUACACUAGUUUUUGACACGAUCACAGUUGACAGUAUUACACCUGACUCAAACAGCCAAACUAAAGAUGAUGAAAUAGUCAUGAUCGACAUCGAACUGCCAAAUAAUACCCAUAACACACAUUUGAGAGCUAAAGUUGACACAGGUGCUCAAGCAAACAUCCGACGACAAAGAUUAUACCGUAGCAUGUUCCCAGAGAAUAUCAGUUAUGAUGGCAAACCCAAGAUAAGUGCAGUUAAAAAGUCCACAACCACCCUUACAGCAUACGGGGGUACCCCAAUUCCACAAUUUGGUACAUGCGAAAUAAAGUGCUCAUACAAGAACAACAGCACAAGCGCUACAUUCUAUGUGACUGAUGUACACAGUAAAGCAAUUAUUGGAUUACCAACUGCACUAGAUUAUCACUUGAUUACGUUGAACUGUUCAGUAGAGGAAUCACAAGUACAAGAGACACAGUACCUCGCCUAUUAAGGACACGGCAAAGCUUAAACCAAGCACUUGCAUAGAUAAUAAAUCGCACGUGAUUGCACAAUAUCCAAAUUGUUUCAAUGAGAUUGGCAAAUUCCAAGGGGAAUAUCACAUCACCUUAGGCCUUUCAGUUCCACCUGUCAUUCACCUACCCCGACGUGUACCCAUUAUUCUUAAAGAUGAUAUCAAACACGAGUUUGAAGAGAUGGAACAGCUAGACAUUAUAACCAAAGUUCGAAAAGGUGAACCCACAGCAUGGGUCAACAGUCUAGUUUACCGAAGGAAACCCAAUGGGAGGCUAAGAAUAUGGCUGGAUCCGAAAGGCUUGAAUGUCGCUAUCCAACGUGACCGCCACGUUAUACCAACCCUAGAAGAAAUGCUACCAAAGUUGAAUGGUGCUACCGGCCCAUUUCUCUAUCCUCGACGCAACAAGCGGCUACUGGAACGUGACACUAGAUGA